ACAAACGUCACUUUAUGUGCAUUUGUUUGAACGUUGUAAACUGUAUGUAGCAAAAAGAACUACCUUAGUUUCAUAAAAAGUACAUUAAAGGUAAUACAUAACAGAAUUGCAAAAAAAUGGCUGACUUGCCUUAUCAAGUUGAAUACGCAAAGACAGGUAGAGCAGCCUGUAAGGGUUGUAAACAAAAAAUUGAUCAAGGCUCACUGCGCAUUGCUGUGAUGGUACAGUCAGCUUUCUUUGAUGGAAAACAACCAAACUGGCAUCAUGAAGAUUGUUUUUUUAAAAAGCGACGUUUAAACAGUUUCACUGAAAUUGCAAACUUCAAUGUACUUAAAAAUGAAGACCAGAAAAGAAUAAAAACUACUAUAGAAAACAGUGCUGGUGCUGUUGUAAUGCCCAUUCAAGAAACCAAAACCAAAGGCAAAGGUAAACGUAACAAGAGAGCCGCCCCAGAAUCAGAUAACUCUGCGCUGAAGGACUUCAAAGUUGAAUAUUCGAAAAGCAGUAGGGCCACAUGCCCUGAAUGUGAAAUUAAAAUUUGUAAGGAUGAAAUUAGAAUAUGUAAGAUUUUAUAUGAUACAGAAGUUGGUAUGAAAUAUGGUGGACAACCAAGAUGGCACCACUUGCCUUGUUUCGUUAAAUGCAGAAAUGAACUUCUGUACUUCGCUGGAGGAGAGAAUCUUCCAGGAUUUGAUGAUCUUAAGAAAGCAGAUCAGAUAAUUGUGAAAACGGAGAUAAAACCACUUGAAAGCCCUGACAUUCCAAUAAAAAAAUUGAAGAAUGAAGUAAAAGACGAAAAAGAGUUGAAAGAGGACAAAGCACUUGAAAACAAAAUUGAAAAACAAAACAAAUUGUUUGAUAAACAUAGAAAUGCUUUAAUGAAUACAAAUAAAAAAGAUGUAGAAAAAAUUUUGGAGUACAAUUUACAGGGAAUCCCAACAGGAAAGACUGAGUGUUUUGAUCGUUUAGCAGAUUGUAUGACAUUCGGAGCUCUCGAGACCUGUCCUGAAUGUAAACAUGGGCAGUUAGUUGUAGAUACCCUUGGUUAUAAAUGCACAGGUAAUUUGAGCGAGUGGACCAAAUGUACCUAUCAAACUGAUAAACCGAAGAGGAGGGCUCUGAAAAUACCAGAAAAUUACAAAGGGCUUGAUUGUUUCCGCUCGUUUAAGCCCACGGUCCGCACUCGUUUGUUCCACGCUCCACUUCCAUCACAAAACUUUGUUGUGAAACAAGAAGAGACAGAAGUAAAAAAAGAAAUCCGUGUGCCGCCUUUGAAAAACUUGAAAUUCUUCAUUUACGGAACAUUGAAGAAGAAUGAAAAGGAGAAUAUCAAGAAUCGCAUUAUCAAGCUCGGAGGAGACCCCGUCAGUAAACUGUCUGAAGCUACGGUCGCAGUCAUCUCUACUAAAGCGGAUGUCGACAAAAUGUCUCCUAAAAUGCAAUCCAUACAAUAUCUGGAUAUUGUAGUUCUAGAUGAAAGUUUUCUAAAUUCGAUUGACCCUGAGACCGGAACUGUAGCCAGAUCCCUGGAGUUAAUGAAAGAAUAUAAUAUCGCCGAUUGGGGUGUUGAUCCUGCCUCUAAGCUGCCCCAAGAUAUUAUUGAUGGAAAAUCCAUACCCAAGAGUAAAAGCAUGUAUGUCAAAUCUGAGAAAUCAGCAGUCAAACUCAAGAUCCGCGACGGCAACGCUGUGGACCCGGCGUCGGAACUGGACGAGGAGUGCCACGUGUACACGGACCGCUACAAAACAACGUACUCGGUCGUGCUCUCGCUCGCUGAUGUUGUCGCUCAGAAGAACUCUUUCUACAAACUGCAGAUCUUGAAACAUAAUAAAGAGAACAGAUACUGGUUGUUCCGUUCGUGGGGUCGGAUCGGCACAACGAUCGGCGGCAGUAAAGUCGAGAAGAUGAAAGAUCUCGAUAACGCUUUGGACAGAUUCCAAGCGCUGUACGAAGAAAAAACUGAAAACCGUUGGAAAGACAGGAAUAACUUUGUCAAGAUUCCGGGGCGAUACUUCCCGCUGGAAAUAGACUACGGUGACAAUGAGACGAAAACACUCACUGUCGACCCCAAGUGUGAGCUCGCCGAGCCCGUGCAGCGACUCAUCGUCACCAUCUUUGACAUCCACUACAUGAAGCAGACCUUGCUCGAAUUCGAGUUGGACACAGAGAAAAUGCCUCUCGGAAAGUUGUCUAAGAAACAAAUAAAAGCAGGCUACAAAGUAUUAUCUGAACUGCAGAAUCUCAUAAAAAGCGGAGAUGCGAGUCGAAAUAAAAUUGUGGAUGCCACUAAUAGAUUUUUCACUUUAAUACCCCACGACUUCGGGGUAAAUAACGCACCGCUGUUGGAUAAUAAUGAAAUUAUAAAGACGAAGACCGAUAUGAUGGAUAACCUGUUGGAAAUUGAAAUUGCGUAUGGUCUAUUACAAUCAGACACUGACGACACGGUGAGCCCCAUCGAAGGCCACUACAAGAAGCUGAAGGCGGAGAUAGCGCCGCUCGACAAAACCACCGACGAGUUCGAAAUGAUCCUGGAGUACGUGCGGAACACGCACGGAAAAACGCACAACUUCUACACGCUCAAUGUGGAAGAGGUGUUCAAAGUUAUCCGCGAGGGAGAAGAUAAGCGUUACAAGCCCUUCAAGAAACUCCACAACCGCCGCCUCUUGUGGCACGGCUCCCGCACCACCAACUUCGCCGGCAUUAUUUCACAAGGUCUUCGUAUUGCGCCGCCCGAAGCGCCGGUCACGGGCUACAUGUUCGGCAAGGGCAUAUACUUUGCGGACAUGGUCUCCAAGUCCGCCAACUACUGCUGCACCACCAGAAACAACCCCGUCGGCCUCAUGUUGCUGUGUGAGGUCGCUCUCGGGAAUAUGAAGGAGUGUGUCAAUGCUGAAGGUUUCUCUAAAGCCCCGUCCGGCACGCAUUCCGUGUGGGGCGUCGGUCGAACUGAGCCGGACCCGAAAAUGAAUAAGGAAUUGCCCGACGGACUCAUUGUGCCGCUCGGGACGCCCGUCGACAGGGCGGAGAACAGCACGCUGCUGUACAACGAGUUCAUCGUGUACGACGUGGCUCAGGUCAAAGUGAAAUACCUGAUUGAAAUGAGAUUCGAUUACAGAUAAUAAUUACAUAUUAUUUUCUUUCUAUUCGUAAGUCAUUCUAUUCAAUAGUAAUGUAAUGCUUGAUGCUAUAUUGCUAAAUAUUUCAUGUUGUUCAGUUUGUAGAUGAAUAGCCGCAAAUCAUGUUUUACGAGGAUUUAAAAAAAAACUUUUUUCUUUAUUUUUUUUGUCAAUUGUAUCCAAGAAAAAAAAUUACAUUUAUAAUCAAUAUAUAUGAUCGCAGCUAUUCUUCUGGUUUAAAAGUAAGUUAAUCUGAACUAUGAAAUGAUUAUAAUUAAAAUAAUUGCUAACCAUUUUUUAUUGCUUAAAUAUGUCGGUAAUAUUUGAAAUAUUCAAUUGAGAUAAUUUUUGUUGUUAUGUAUCUAACGCUAUUG